AUGAGAAAUGAGACCGGGCCGUUUUCCAGUCGGUGCCCUUUGCUAUUAAACCAGGAAAUCCCUACAAUUACAGGGGGCCAAAAGAGCCAGAAAACCAGGGGGACUAUUCGGAGAGGUUUGCCCCGGAAACAGCACUCACACAGCGGGCUUUCUGCAGGAGGAUCGGUCGGUGCAUGUAUCUCUGAGUGUGUGUGAGUGUGUGUAUGUGUGUGUGUGUGUGUGUGUUUACAAGUGUUUGAACCAGUGCCACAAACGAGGGAAGGAUAAAUUCGAGGAAGGAAGGAGGGAUGGUGGACAACUCGAGCAGCAGUAAGGCACAGAUGCCCAGCAUGUCUCAGGACGCCUCAGGAGGAGUGGGCUUCCCUCAGAGCGGCUCCUCGGGGGGCAUGAAGCUGGAGGCCGUGAUGGAGCAGCUCCAACGCCAACAACACGCCCGUCUAGAGAUGGAGAGGAAGGAGAGGAAACUUCGUGAAGCUCACAUCAUGUACGCUCAGCAAGUGGCCGCUCAGCAGGCAAUCCUGACGGCAGCAAGAGCGUCUGGAGCGGCCAAUUUCAUGGGAAAAACCCUCGGUGUUCCUGGGGUAAUGUUGCCUCCUCGAGUGUCCAAUCAGAGCAGCGUCGACUCGGAAAGAGAGGAUGAUGAAGAUCGAGGAGGGGAGGAGGAUGAGGAUGAUGAUAAUGAGAUGAUGGAGGGAGAUGAAGGCAGUGAGGAAGAGGAAGGGAGUGCGAGUGGUUUGGAGUUUCUCAGAAAGCAGACCCUCGCCUUGCAGCAAAACGCCUCCAGAAUCCCUCCUCGUCCGUUUGGUAGUUAUUCGGCGUCCGCCCCUCAGAGAUCUGCCUCUCCACCAAUCAGAGUGAAGCAGGAACCAGAUGAGGGUCUUUCUCCAGCGGGACCCCAAUCUGCAACUUCCCCCAACGGACAGGCCGACUGGGGCUUCGACGAUCAAUUCAGACAGAAUGGAAGUGCAGGCUGGAACGAUGAGGCCGACAGCAACCGAGGAAGAGGAGAAGCCUCCAGAGACUUCGCCAAGCUGUAUGAACUGGAUCCAGACCCCAAGAGGAAGGAGUUUUUGGACGACCUCUUCACCUUCAUGCAGAAAAGAGGAACCCCGGUCAAUCGCAUCCCAAUUAUGGCCAAGCAGGUCCUGGAUCUGUACAUGUUGUACAAGCUGGUGACGGAGAAGGGAGGCCUGGUGGAGGUGAUCAACAAGAAGAUCUGGAGGGAAAUCACAAAGGGCCUCAACCUGCCGACCUCCAUCACCAGCGCUGCUUUCACCCUGCGCACACAGUACAUGAAGUACUUGUACCCGUUUGAGUGUGAGAGGAAGGGUCUCAGUUCUCCAGGUGAGCUUCAGGCUGCCAUCGACAGCAACAGACGUGAAGGCCGGCGUCCGAGUUACAGCAGCAGCCUCUUCCGCUUCUCCCCCUCCCCGAGCACCGCGCCGCACAUCCUCUCUCCUCCCAAGAUGCACCUGGGCAGCCUGGCCGCGCUCAACGGCAUGCACGUCUCCCCGGGACAUGCUAUGAAGAAAGAGGACCACCUGCCCCCCUCCAUGCUGGCGGGCCGCCCCUCCAUGGCUCUGGCCCUCGGGCACCAUCAGGUCUCCGGCCUGGCGAGAGCCGCCACUCUGGAGCAGCUGCGGGAGAAGCUGGAGCCGGGCGGGGGGGAGGGUCCGGAGAGGAAGAUGGCCCGGCGCAUGGCGGAGGAGCAGCAGCGCCUCAUGCAGCAGGCCUUCCAACACAACCUGCUGGCCAUGGCCUCUCAGAUGCCCCUCAACCUGCGCCUGGGAAACCCCAACAUCACAGCCAGAGAAGAGAAGCAGCAGGACAUGUCUCUGAGCAUCUCGACCAAUGGGAACGCCAGCAUCACCGUCUCAGUGGAAGUCAAUGGCACAAUCUACUCAGGAACCCUGUUUGCCCAGAAGUCCGGUUUGACCCCCCCGAUGUCAGCCCCCCCGGCCGGCCCCAGCAGCAGCAGCUUCUCCAUCCCUCAGACCCUAAGCCCCGCCUCCUCCUCCUCCUCUAAGGGUCCUAGCUCCGCCGAAGCCCCCCCAAACGGGUCGCCAUAACUCCCGCCUGCAAGAAAAUUCAGUAAAAUGAGAAAAAACCGCUACGAAAAAACAAACUGUUGCACAACAAAUACCUCAUCAACCUGUCCACCUCUUGGCUGUCCAAUCAGGAACACAGAAGCCAGAUUACGUUAUUAUGACAGCUAACACACACAGCUAUGCAUCUUACACAUACACGCACUACACUACAAACACACACACACACACACACACACACACGCUAAUCCUACAUGCUAAACACAAUCAGCUCAGCCAAAACCCACUGACAGGUGUCGUCACAACUGAACUUGAAAAGUUUUAUCUUAGGAACGAUUUUUGUUUUGUUGCCAUGUUGUCGUCUUUUUUUUUUUGAUUUUGUGUUUUUAGAAUGAUUUUGUUUUUAAGUUUUCUCUUUUUACAUACCUCAAAUCAAGUAACCUGCAGUGGUGUCUUUACCUCAGGAGCUGUAGUAUAUUUAACCUGAAUCAACUUUAUUUUUGUAUUGUUUUUGAACCGAGUUGCAAUCAGGGGAAGUCGGGUAAACUCUCACUGUGACCUCCAAACACCUCACACUGUUGCUGUGGAUCAGCACCAUAGAAACCUUCAUAGCCUCAGAUCACAUCACUCAGGGUUCACCGGACUCACUCGCAGUGGAUCUCUGAAUCCACCUGAAUUCAGUUUACUGCUUUACAAACUGUCUCGCAACAUGUAGCGCACAAAUGUGGGGGAACAUCAACUCAAACACAGCAGAGCGAACGUCUCCACCUUCUCCUGCUUGUGUUGCAUAACAAAAUCAGGUGUGUUCCCCCCCCCCCCCCCCCCCCCCCCCC